CGCAGGUUCCCGGCAGAGUCCGUUAUGGCCGCUGUCUCCCAGAGGAGGAUGAGGGGAGCCGUGCAAACGAAGCUGCGGCCCGGGCCGGGCAUCCAGGUCCCUGGAGGUUUGGAGCGGCCGUUGGUCCUGACGCUCCUGCUUGCGUCCGCCGCUGUAUCACUGACUGAUUCACUGAGCCAGACUGAACUCACGGAAGAUGUUUCUAUUCCAAAUAUGAGUGCUGUUUUAACAGAAGAAAUACAAAUCAAACCGUCUGUUUCCCAAAUCAACACGACUCUCCCUCCCACAACUAGUACAGAGAAAAGUGGAAGGGCAUCUGUCUCCCCUCAUCCCUCACCUACUACUUCUCUGUCCCAAGAGGAAGCUGAUAAUAAUGAAGAUCCUAGCAUAGAAGAGGAGGAUCUUCUCACACUGAAUAGUUCUCCGUCCACCGCCAAAGACAGCCUGGACAAUGGAGAUUAUGGAGAACCAGACUAUGACUGGACCACCAACCCUAGGGACGAUGAGUCCAGUGAGACGGUGGAAGAAAACAGGGGCUACGUGGAAAUUGAACAGUCAGUGAGAUCUUUUAAGACCCCAUCCUCAAAUAUAGAAGAGGAAGAUAGUCAUUUCUUUUUUCAUCUUAUUAUUUUUGCUUUUUGCAUUGCUGUUGUUUACAUUACAUAUCACAACAAAAGGAAGAUUUUCCUUCUGGUCCAAAGCAGAAAAUGGCGUGAUGGUCUUUGUUCCAAAACAGUGGAAUAUCAUCGUCUAGACCAGAAUGUUAAUGAGGCAAUGCCUUCUCUGAAGAUUACCAAUGAUUAUAUUUUUUAAAGCAGUGUGUUUUGAGUUUGCUUAUUGCAUAAUUUUAUUUGCUUGACUUUUUAUAUGAUGUCAUGCAGAUUUUCCCCAUAGGCAUUUGGUAUUAAAUGAGAGGUGGGUCUCUCUUUAUUUUGCCUUGGUGCUUUGGAAAUUAAAUGUCACCAACAAGGAGUAUAUAAUUUUUUAUCUACACUCUCAGAGGUGAAUUCAAUCAGGUGUCCAAAAUGUGGGGCUAAGCAUUACCUGUUAGUUUCCAUUGUUUUAGAUUUCUUUAUUGUACUUCUGAAAUAUUGUACUAAUAAGUGAUGCUACUUUUAAAAGAUCCCAAACUUGUAACUAAAUUCUAACAUAUCUGGUACUGCUGACUCAGAUUCUCUUUUUGCCAUCCAAAUACUUUUUUUAAGGACACAUUUUUUUGUGCUCCCAAACUGUAAUCUGUAAGAAGGUAUGUAAUAAUACUUUGCAUAUAAGUAACAUUUUUCUUUUCCAGGAAAAUUACUUUGGAUAUUUUUUGAUAAUUUAAGCAUAAUUUAAGAUAAUAAUAUUAUUCAACCUGACCACAAUUUUAGGUCAAUUAAUAAAUGUUUCUAGAAAUUCUGGCAAUAGAGACUCUGAAGUUUGCAGUGGACAUAGGUGAAAUGUUAUAGAGAUACCACGUUUUGGUUCAAAUUAUUGAAUUAAAUUUAGAGGUAGAAAUCAUGGUAAAAUAUUAAAUACAUGUACAAUUGCUUUUAGUUAGCAAUUGAUUAUAGCACGGGUUCCUCCAAGCUUUCAAGCAGGGGGCAGAGUUUAAAAUUAUAUCAGAUUUUUUUACUUUGUUUAUUAUUUUAUAGUAAGUUUGAAUAAAUUUUAGUGGCCAUUAUCAUUUAAGUAAUAUUAUGCCUACAUCUUUCAAAUUAAAAUUAAACCUGAAUGAAGUUGUAUACAUAAAGAAUAUAUGUGUACACUGAUGUUUUCUCCCAUUUUUUAGUGGCAACUGGAAAUUAUUACCGUAUUUUAUUUAGCCUACCUAUCAUAAAUAAUUGAUCAGUGUGUAAAUAUUUGAUUUGAACCAUGGUUGACUUACAAGUGUCACUACAACUUUUGAGAAAACAUAACCCCUAACGUAUGUCAAACACCCACUCACAAAGCCUGUGUGAGCAAGUGGGCAUGUGCUUUGUGUCACGAUGGAAGGGUCUGAGCAGUCUGUCUAUUCUCUCGGUGGGCAAUUUACUGUCCUCAUAAGGAAGGGAAGCAUAAUGGAAAUACACCCAAACUGUUUUAUUGCAGUAAUUUUUUUCAUAUCUGAAAUUGUAUUAUUUAAUAUUUUGAAUAAGAUUUUAAAAAAUAAAUGGCAAAGAUAUCAAUCCAUGGUUUUAUAAGUGUGUUUCAUUUUAAUGAUGGCAUAGGGUCCUUCAUUUGGGUGGUCACAAAGGGUUAGUGCUAUGUCUGGGGGGGAAGCUAAACUGACUAGCUUGCUUUUUUUUCUUUUAGCAAUAGAACUCUGCCUCUAUGAAUUCCACU